AGCAGCGCGUCAGCUGCGUCUUCGCGUUUCCGUGUUUUCGAUCUCUCGAUGGUUUCGGUUCCGUGUUAAGGAGAGUUUUAGAGAUUUGUGUGCAAUCGAAAUCAAGAUUUAAUAUCGUAAACACAAACUCAACACCCGUCUGUUGUACAAACCGUCAGUUCAUCUCCGAUAUGGAUAAAUCGCGAGUGUUUGUGUCGAUGUGUAUCUUCCGGCUGAUGUGUGUCGCAUUCAGUCUUUCUGAACCAACAACAACAACAACAACUUCAAAAUCAACAAUAAUCACACCUACAACUCCUCCAGCUGUCCACAAACCAUGCAACACUCAGACUUCCUGUGAGACGUGCCUCGCCAAUGUUUCGUGUUUGUGGUGCCAGACGAACAGCAGCUGCUCAGAUUAUCCGGUCUCGUAUGUGAUUCCUCCGGCGUCGCUGUGUAAACUCUCUCAGGCUCGCUGGGGUGUUUGCUGGGUGAACUUCGAGGCUCUGAUCAUCGCGAUGGCUGUGGUGUUUGGGAUUCUGCUGCUGGCUGUCACUGUCUGCUGCUGCUGCUGCUGCUGUAAACGCAGACGCUCGUCCAGUUUUGACCGUGAUGAUGAGCAGUUUGCCCGGAGAAGAGAGGAGAUCAAACAGCGAUCAGACGAACGGAAGGCGGAGAGGAAGGUGAAACAUGAUGAAAUCCGCAAGAAGUAUGGUCUCAUCCCAGACUCCGAUCAUCCGUACAGCAAGUUCGAGAACGAGUGAAAGCGAGGGAUCGCAGGAAUCACUUCACCACGUGCUUCGCUCUUUUGAGACUCGUCGGAUGAGUUUAGGUUUGAUGGAAGCCCAAACUGAGAUUACAUUGUCAGUCCUUCAAUUGAUUAGAAAUCUCUCUCUCUCUAGUUAUGAUUAAUGUCUGUGUAGUUGUCAGUCAACUCAGAUUCUCUCUCUGUCUCUUUUUAACACGGUUUCUCUUUUCGUUAUAACU